UAUAUUUAAAUCGCGGGAGACUUCAUGUGAAGCAGGCACUGCCUGACCCGGACCAAUCACAGCCUGGCCAGGGAAGGGACAGCGCGCUCUUAUCAUGCGAUAAUACCAAGUGACCUAUAAAGGUCUUAAUCUGGUCUACAACCGUCGUACUUCUAUCUCUUCCUACACUUCCAACGAUGGGCUCAUCCGUAUCCAAGGUUCCUGCUCAAGUUACGGGCACUCUGAACGAAACUUCUUCAUCCGAGUCGCUCCACGAGAAGCGGGUUGGUAGCUCCACGUCAUCGGCAGCGGGUUCACUGCCUUUGGCAACCGACGGUUCAAUUUCCCUGUCAAACGUCGAUGCCUGGGAGUCCGCCGCUGCCGCGGACCCAAAGAUUCAACUUGCCCGCACAAUUCUUGCCCAUACCAACAUAAAGUCGACCCUUACCAGUCGCCCGGCCGUGGUUGCAAUUCCUCAUGUUUUCAAUCACGAGGUGGAGUUCAAAUCUGGACCUGUCACAAACCAGAAGUCCAGUGGUAGAUGCUGGCUCUUCGCAACUACAAAUGUCAUCCGACAUGAAGUCAUGAAGAAGCUCAAGCUCAAGGAAUUCCAGCUUUCCCAGUCAUACCUCUUCUUUUGGGAUAAGUUGAACAAGUCCAAUUAUUACCUCGAGCUUUCUAUCGAGAAUGCAGACCGGCCUGUUGAUGACCGCCUGGUCAACUUCCUCGCCGAUGACCUUAUUAGCGACGGCGGCCAAUGGGACAUGGUUGUCAAUUUGCUUGAGACAUAUGGUCUCGUUCCUCAGCCAAUAUACCCCGAGUCGUACCAUUCAAGCGCUUCAAGUCCCAUCAAUAACCUCCUGAAGAUGAAGCUCCGAGAGCAUGCUCUCACUCUUCGCGCUCUCUCUUCAUCACUGAAGGCUGACCCCGCCGUCUCACCGGAAUCGGCUAUCUCGGCCCUUCGCGCGAAGAAGGAAGAACUUAUGCAGGAGAUUUAUACAAUCAUGAGCGCAACCCUGGGCGUUCCUCCUAAACCUGAUGCGAGCUUCACUUGGGAGUACUACACCGAGGAUGGCAAGUACGCGAAGUGGGAGGGUACUCCUCAACAGUUCUACAAGGCUUUCACAACCAAGUUCUCGCCGGCGGAGUCUUUCUCCCUCAUCAACGACCCUCGGAACGAGUACGGUAAGCUGUACACGGUGGACAAGCUCGGCAACAUUUGGGGCGGACGACCUGUUCUGUACGUGAACACUGAGAUUGAUGACCUCAAGCAGGCCAUAGUCCGAUCCAUCAAGGCCGGCCAGCCAGUCUUCUUCGGUUGUGAUGUAGGCCAAUUCUCCGACUCUGGCAAGGGCGUCGGUAUUAUGGACACUGAUUAUUUCGAAUACGAACAAGCAUUCAACAUCACGCUGGGACUUACCAAGGCCCAGCGUCUGCAGACCAAUGAGUCCGCCAUGACCCAUGCGAUGGUCAUCUCCGCCGUGCACGUAGAUGAGAAGACUGGUCGCCCCGUCCGGUUCAAAGUGGAGAAUUCCUGGGGUGAAGAAAGUGGCGUGAAUGGUUAUAAUGUGAUGAGCGACAAGUGGUUCGACCAGUUUGUGUUCCAGGUCGUGAUACACAAGUCUUUGGCAACAAAGGAGCAUGUAAAGAUAUUUGAGUCGGGGGAGAAGGUCGUGUUACCUGCUUGGGAUCCCAUGGGCGCUUUGGCUUGAGUGAGGGAUAUACCUUCGUGUUUUGUAUGUUUUUCUGUCACUUUUAUACCAUUUGUUUCUAUGUUUGCAGACUGAUGAGUGCCAGCUCAGCUCGGUGCUAGAUUAGCAAGCAAUAAAUAUGUCGCUUCUCCAUCAGAGAACCAAGGUGUUCCAUCACACUCAACCUUAACUUCGUGUGUGCUCGCGGAAUCGCGAGAACGAGGAAGGAGUCUCAUU